AUGUAUAUACCCUCGCUUCUGACUCUGCCUCAGUAUCCAGAGGACGGUCUGACGUGUCCAGCGUCCCUCAGCGUCCUCCACCCGAUUGAAGCUCUGCAGGAAGUUCUGGAGAAGUUGAAGAGCAAACAGCUGCCGUCGACGGAGAAGAAGCUCGGCUGGCCUCCGUCAUGGGAUGCAGGCGAGCAGUGUGCGCUGCGUAAAGGCUGGAGGAUCGGGAAGCUGUGUGGAUGUCCCAGAGGAAGCUUCUGUAACUUCAAAGUCCUCAAAUGUCUGAAGAGUCAAACUCUAACUUCCUUCAAAAUAAAGGCAGGUUUUUAA